AUGAGUGAACCCACGGAGCGCCUAGUCCUGGACAUCACAAAGAAAGGCAGCCUGGACAUUGCACUGGGAGCGAUUUCAUUGGAGUUUGAACCCACCAUAGUGAGUCUUUACAUCAAUAUUUAUUGCAAAUAAAGAAACCACAGCCACAACAUGAUGGCAAAUGUAUAGAAUCCAGAAUAUAAAACACAAUUGUGAUUAACAAACCGUAAUACACUGCUAUAAAGCAAAUAUACAGCUUAAAGGAUCACUAUAGUGUCAGGAAAACAAACCCGUUGGCACUGAAGAGGUUAAAACCCCUUCAGCAGCUUACCUUAAUCCAGCGCCGGGCUCCCUCAGCGCUGGUGACCUCUCCUCCCCGUCCGUCGUCAGCUCCCGACUGGAGCAGAAUGCGCAUUCACGGCCAGAGCCGUGCGCAUUCACACAGUCCAUAGGAAAGCAUCUCUCAAUGCCUGCCUAUGGACGUUCUGCACGCUGGAUGCGAAUUUCGCAUCCAGCGUUGCAGAAACGCCGCUAGUCACCAGUCCCUGCGGGAGGGGGUGCAGUCACCUGUCCCUGCGGGAGGGGGUGCAGUCACCUGUCCCUGCGGGAGGGGGUGCAGUCACCUGUCCCUGCAGAAGGCGGUGCAGUCACCUGUUCCUGUGGUAGGUGGUGCUGCUGUUUGCUCCUGUGGGUGAUCAGACAUCCAUACUUUCCAUACCAUAUUGUAAGAUAAUCUUUUAGAAAAGGUAAUGCACUGUUAUCAGUCUGCACACAUAGAGAAACUAUUUAAAAAACAAGGUUCAGAUAGUGACAAAGUGUGCUCCAGUUACAGUGUAGUUUAUGUCCAAGGGUCCAUAUCACCACCCAGUGGCCAUUUCAUGGAAUGCUCUGUAAAUAUACCCCCAGGUGGCAUGAAGCUCCUGAUAUCUUUAGAUUUAUUAACCCCAGAUGUGGUAGGUCACAGGUAAGUGAGUUUUUAUUGUUAUUUGUUCUCCGGUACGGUGAGGGCAUGUAGCUUGGUUGGAUACUUUGAGUGAUACGAUGGCGGCCGCAAUUUAUGCAUUUAGACACAUUGAGUUCUGUUAACUUGUUUAGCUUCCACCUUGAUGGUUUAGCAAAUUAAAUCUAAUUCAAAUAAUGUAAUGCAUAAUUUGAGCUCGCCGUUACAUUCACACUUUAUAAAUGCAUUUUUUCCCUUUCCUUGUACAGCCAACAAAGUUCAUGGUUGGGACAGAGCAGGGAAUGGUCAUUUCAUGCAAUCGAAAGGCCAAGACGCCAGCCGAAAAGAUUGUGUGCACGUACAGCGGUCAUCACGGUCCUAUAUACUCUGUGCAGAGAAAUCCCUUCUUCCCAAAAAACUUCCUAACUGUUGGAGAUUGGACAGCUCGAAUCUGGUCUGAAGACUCUAGAGAAUCCUCGAUUAUGUGGACAAAGUAAGAGACGCUUCAUGUGAUGUAGAAAUGAAAAUGAGCUUACGCUUUAAUGGCAUUUGUAGUCAUACCAAAAAUCUGUUUUUUCAAUGUGCAUCAAGAUAUGGAUAGUGAGCUGGUAACGGUUUUACUUUGUAAAAUAACUAUUGUAAUUAAACCAAGACUUGGCCUAGCAGGCAAAUUACGUGUUGCUAAUGGUGGACAUGCCUGUGUGUACACGUUCUGCACGUAAACAUUGUAGUGUAGGUUGAUUCCAUUUGAUGUCGUAUAAUCCCCCCGCCCCCCUUACUACAGAUCAAUCUCUUUUCACCCACAGGUAUCACAUGAGUUAUUUGACAGAUGGAGCCUGGAGCCCAACACGCCCGACCGUCUUCCUGACGACAAAAAUGGAUGGCACCCUGGAUGUAUGGGACUACCUGUUUAAACAGAACAACCCUUCUCUUAGUCUGAAGGUCAGUGAGGGUCACCUACGCACCAAAUCUUCUAAAUCCCAUCAGAACAGAUGCAAUGUGCCUAUAUACCAGUCGCGAAAAAGGGGCGUGGUGGUGUUUGGUAGAGAAUGAAACUGAAUAUGUGCAAACGUGGUUUGUGGGAUUGAGCCACGGGUCAUGCCUAAAAGAUAUCUUCUGGAAACUAGUAUAUGAUUUAACCUUCUGGAACUAGAAAUGAUUUAACCUUCUGGAACUAAUAUAUGAUUUAACCUUCUGGAACUGGCCUAUGAUUUAACCUUCUGGAACUAGUAUAUGAUUUAACCUCUGGAACUAGUAUAUGAUUUAACCUCUGGAACUAGUAUAUGAUUUAACCUUCUGGAACUACCAUGUGAUUUAACCUUCUGGAACUAGCAUAUGAUUUGCUGGCGAUUUUAUUCACUCUUAUUGCUAAUGACAGGCCUACUUUAAAUAGUAAUUAUGAGAGUAAAAAGUCACCAGUUCUGAACCAACAUGCCAGACUAUGCAGACAGCGUAAAUAACUUUAUUAAUAACUUGAUUUCAUAUUUUCCGAUAAGCUUUUCAAAUUAUUUAAUAUUUUUGUGUGAAUUUAAAAAACAAAUUCAACUUAUUCAAAUCUAAAAAUCGAAAAUGUUAAAAUGUUAUUCAAAUUAUUAAAAGUUUAUACAAAAAUAUUAAAUAAUUUGAAAAGAUUAUUCAAAAACAUUACAUUGAGGCCAAAUAUUUCCACAUGCCCUGCACCCAACUAGCUAUCACUUCAUCCCCCCAAAGAUAGACCACAUGCUGUAAGUGUGAACUACAAUAUGAUGCUGUGGCAAGAUGUUACAGUGUAAAAAGUCAAGCAUUGCCCAAAACAUUGUAAGAACCUUAAUGUAAGAUUAAUAUAAUGAUCUUUAUGUAAUACACUAGUACGUGUACCUAUGGCAUAUGUUGCCCUAACCGGCUGCAUCCUAUAUUAACAUUUAGUAUCUUACUGGUACUUUGUACCCUGUACUUGUCAUUCACACAGACUGAGAGUAGGACAAGGAGUUCCAAAUUGCUCUACGCAGUGGUGUUAUUUGAAUUAAAGAUUUAUUCCACGUCGUUUUACAAAAUGACUGUAUAUAUAUUCUCCAAUUUGCAGGUGUGUGAUGAGCCUUUAUACAGCCUCCGAAUUCAAGAUAAUGGACGCUUUGUUGCCUGUGGUUCAAAGAAUGGUCUGACCACUCUUCUAGAACUCUCACCAGGGCUUUACACAAUGCAGAGGAACGAGAAAAAUAUUGCCACUGCGGUAAGUCUCUAUCCUAAUGUGUGAAUAUCUUAAUAAGGUACAGGGUGUAAUGAGACAUAACCUGCUGAGUAAAUCUAUACCCCCAUUACCCUCUCUGAAACUGUACAAAUUGCUGUGCUCAGUAUAAUUUGUGGUACGGGAAAGGAUACGUGCCUAGCAACUCUUGUUUCUUUUUUGUGAAAAUGUUUGGAUUUUCCUAUUCCUGUCUCAAUAAGUGAUCAAAUAUAUUAUACCCACAUAAUAAGCCCUAGCACCGCUGCCGUACAGAAUUUAGAAUACUACAUAUCACGAGCUAUCGAGUCCAUUUGGGAUUAACCUUUGCAUGGUCAGUGAUCCAGCUCGUCCUAGAGAGAUCUUGGACCAAUGAAGACUAACACCCGCUAGAAUCUGCAGCCUGUAACAUUUUAGCUUCCAUCCCGGCAUGUGGGACGUCUCUUGGAAGAUUUGUGGUAACCGAACCCCUAGAUCAGGCGUACACAGUCCAUGAUAAGUGUGAGCUUGGUAUGCUGAUACAGGCAGCAUGGCCCACUGCUGGACUUCCUGUCCAUGUGGAUUGGGGACAAUUAUAUCAAAAUCCAGACAUUUGCCAUCUGUGUAUUCUAGUGUCACCUUGGAGCCUACGAUCCAAUAAAAUAUACGUGAGCAUCGCAGUCAUUUUAUUCUUCUUUUUUUUUCUCUUAACAUUAUGUUCAUUGUACGACUUCAGAUUUCACCUUAAUUUGGCGAUACCUUUUUGUUACGUGAUUUUUUUUGCGACCUCAAUGGUUUUUUUCCCCACUUCAUGAAGAGAAUAUAAUUUGUGCUCUCCAAGUAUAUUUUCAGAUGCUCUCACACAUUACACAGAGGAAUUUGAAAGCCAUGAAUAAUUUCUAACAUUUCCCUCCUUUUUCAGAUGUUUGAGCGUGAAACAAAGCGAGAGAAGAUCCUGGAGGCGCGGCACCGCGAGAUGCGCCUGAAGGAACGCAGUAAGGCUGAGCCAAGCAAGGAUGAGGAUACCAGAGAAGAGAAUCCAGAGGAAAAUACAGAUGAGCUGAUUGCCAAGGCGGAGAAAGAGUUCUUUGAGAUCAUCGAGGCAGAACGCAAACGCCUGGAGAAAGAGGAUAAUAAAGAGAAGGAAGAGGGAGAGGUGGUACUAACGGACUGUAUAUUAACUCUUUAUUGACUAGAGAACAUAACUAACUGCAUGCCCCACUGCUAGAGAUAUCAAUAUAUUAACUUUGCCGCAUUGCUGGAUAUAGUUAUUCCACCUCAACAAGACCUGGCAACGUUUUGACCUUAGUGAUCUCUCAGCAGAGUGAAAGGAGCACUAUAGUGUUAGGAAUAAAAAUGUGUAUUCCAUACGCUAUUCUGUCCUAGUCACCGUUCAGGUGAUCGCCCCUUUCCCUCGUAAGGUCUAAAUAAUAAACAGGUUAUCUACAUUUUCUCCUACUGCACGAUGCUCUCUCCAUAGGAAAGUAUUGUGAGACGAGUGCUCAUGGCGUCUCUGAGAUCAUCUGAUUGAAAUAGUCGAGUUAUACCCAGUUAUAUUGUCGGAAGCGCCUCUAGUGGUCGUCGGUGUGAUUAUAUCCCUGCAAUGCAAACUGCUAGUCCUGCAGAACGGUGAUGUUUUACUCUGCAGGGUUAAAACAAUGGCCCAUGGUACACAGACUCAAUUGAGAUGAAUUGGUCUGGGUGCCGAUAAUGUCCCUUAAAUUAAUAUUUUAUUUCUCCAUUUUUUCUUUGCAACGGUCUGUAUAUCCAGUUAGAGGUGCUAAGUGUGCGAUGUGUGCCAGAAAUACUGCCAAAUAGCCAGGAAUGUGAGUGGUUUUCUAUAAAAUGGCGUGCGUUCAUGAAUGAAAUGUUCAUAGGAUGAAUGAGAAAAAGCAUCAUUCACAUGAGUGCACCUCUAUUAAGGCUCAGUUUAAUAAUGGGGUGCAUCGUUACAGGACAGAGUACAUUGAGGGUACCCCAUCCUUCAUUCUAAGAGUGCUGGGGUACAUCACUGUACCCCCUGACCAUAAUGACCUUAGGAGAUGCUGAGGAGUCCAGUUCAUCACUCCUAGCUUGCCGAAGUCUUUAACCCCAGCCCUAAGCUUUUUUUUCCAGUCCAUCUAACCCUUAGCGGUGACAUUUUUAGUUCAAUUCCUGCAUUGAUCAAUUUUUCUGAGUUAUCAUCACUCUUAGCCAGUCUCAUCCAGAUGGGAUAGUGUAAAUUCAACAUUAUCAAUGUGCUUGAGAUGGGGGCAGUCACUUGACACCAGAAGGAGCCCCUAUUUGUGACAAACUGGCAAAUGGUUGUGGCUUGAUUGCUUAACGUGUCCCUUUUAAUGGGGGAUUUCUGAAAUAAUUUUUAACCCUUACAAUGCCAUCGUGCUAAUUUGGAUUUGUGUAUCUGUCUGAAACGUCGUAGUUUCUCAGUGCCCUGGGCUUCCACAAUGCUCACUCAUGCAUUCAUUGCCGGAUUUUGGUUGUGACUGCCACGAUAGUACAAAACUAAGUUCUGUCUUCUUGACUGAUUCUAUAACCAAUUGUAGAGGCCAAAAUGUGUGCUUACCACUUUUUUUUUCUUUAGUAAAUAUUUUGGCUAAAUAAUGGCUUUUGUCUUCAACAGGAGAAAGAAGUUUCAGAGGAGAAGAUAUAAUUUCAAAGGUAACACCAUAAUAUAUUCCUCCACAAUGAAGCGUGUGGUGCGUGAGAUAUGCUAGCGGCAGGAUAUGUGGAUAAUUUGUAAUAUUCUGGAAAGGAAGUCUCAGAAAUGUGAUCUGCAUCCAAGGACCGCUACCAGUGCACAAUUUGAUGAGACAGUUUAGUUAGUUAAUGCAUCAACUAGUAUAUGAUUUAACCUUCUGGAACUAGUAUAUGAUUUAACCAUCUGGAAACUAGUAUAUGAUUUUACCUUCUGGAAACUAGUAUAUGAUUUAACCUUCUGGAACUAACAUGUGAUUUAACCUUCUGCUUGAUGUUUAGGGAUGAAGGUUUGAUUCUUGGGACUAUCAGCCCGACUUUUCACUCUUCAGAGGUUAAAGGACCACUUUAGUCAUACAGACCACUUCAGCUCAAUGAAGUGGUCUGGGUGCCAGGUCCCCUAGGUUUUAACCCUGCAGCUUUAAACAUAGCAGUUUCAGAGAAACUGCUAUGUUUAUCUUGCAGGGUUAAUCCAGCCUCUAGUGGCUGUCUCCCUGAGAGCCGCUAAAAGGCGCUUCCCCGACGCUCAAUGCGAAAAUCGCAUUGAGCAUGCAGAACGUCCAUAGGAAAGCAUUGAGUAAUGCUUUCCUAUGGGCGGUUUGAAUAUGCGCGCGGCUCUGGCCGUGCAUGCGCAUUUGGCUCUUGCCGUGCACAUUCGGCUCCACUAGGGAGCUGACGUCGGAGGGGGAGGAGAGGUCACCAACGCUGAGGGAGCCCAUCACUGGAGAAAGGUAAGUGGCUGAAGGGGUUUCAACCCCUUCAGCCCAGCGGGAGGGGUCCCUGAGGGUGCGGGGAACCUAAGGAUUAUAUAGUUUUAGUUAUAGGUCCUUUAAUAAAAUAAAUAAUAUUUUCGGGCAGGCUUGGAUGAUCUUGAUAUUUUUUGUCUUUGGUUGCAGACAUUCAGCCCCAGAGACAAACUGUGUUUUUGCUGUUGAUGUUGUGGCCGUACUGUAGAUGUAUAAACACCACACAUACUCAAUAGAGGACAAUCUUAGAUUUAUCAUACUGAUAUUGGUAGAUAUAGAAUGUUCACACAAUCAUAGAAACAUAGAAACAUAGAAACAUAGAAUGUGACGGCAGAUAAGAACCAUUCGGCCCAUCUAGUCUGCCCAAUUUUCUAAAAACUUUCAUUAGUCCCUAGCCUUAUCUUAUAGUUAGGAUAGCCUUAUGCCUAUCCCACGCAUGCUUAAACUCCUUUACUGUGUUAACCUCUACCACUUCAGCUGGAAGGCUAUUCCAUGCAUCCACUACCCUCUCAGUAAAGCAAUACUUCCUGAUAUUAUUUUUAAACCUUUGUCCCUCUAAUUUAAGACUAUGUCCUCUUGUUGUGGUAGUUUUUCUUCUUUUAAAUAUAGUCUCCUCCUUUACUGUGUUCCCUUUAUAUAUUUAAAUGUUUCUAUCAUAUCCCCCCUGUCUCGUCUUUCCUCCAAGCUAUACAUGUUAAGAUCCUUUAACCUUUCCUGGUAAGUUUUAUCCCGCAAUCCAUGAACCAGUUUAGUAGCCCUUCUUUGAACCCUCUCUAAGGUAUCAAUAUCCUUCUGAUGAUAUGGUCUCCAGUACUGUGUACAAUACUCCAAGUGAGGUCUCACCAGUGUUCUGUACAAUGGCAUGAGCACUUCCUCUUUCUACUGCUAAUACCUCUCCCUAUACAACCAAGCAUUCUGCUAGCAUUUCCUGCUGCUCUAUUACAUUGUCUGCCUACCUUUAAGUCAUCAGAAAUAAUCACCCUAAAUCCCUUUCCUCAUAUGUUGAGGUUAGGACUCUAUCAAAUAUUCUGUACUCUGCCCUUGGGUUUUUACGCCCAAGAUGCAUUAUCUUGCACUUAUCCACAUUAAAUGUCAGUUGCCACAAUUCUGACCAUUUUUCUAGUUUACCUAAAUCAUUUGUCAUUUGGCUUAUCCCUCCUGGAACAUCAACCCUGUUACAUAUCUUAGUAUCAUCAGCAAAAGACAUACCUUACCAUCAAGACCUUCUGCAAUAUCACUAAUAAAAAUAUUAGAGAAUGGGUCCAAGUACAGAUCCCUGAGGUACCCCACUGGUGACAAGUCAAAGCUUCGAAUAUAUUCCAUUAACUACAACCCUCUGUUGCCUGUCACUCAGCCACUGCCUUACCCAUUCAACAAUAUUGGAAUCCAAACUUAAAGAUUGCAGUUUAUUGAUAAGCCUUCUAUGUGCAACAGUGUCAAAAGCCUUACUGAAAUCUAGGCAAGCAAUGUCUACUGCACCACCCUGAUCUAUAAUUUUAGUUACCCAAUCAAAAAAAUCAAUAAGUUAGCCCUCGUUAGCUGCAAAUAUCAGUAGGUUUGUUAGAAUAAAUCCGUUAUUUUCUGUGAAAGCUUUAAUAGGUUGAAUGAUCGCAUUACUUUUGUAAUGACAAAGGGCCUGUGCUAUUAAAUACAAAAAUACAAUGAGUCUUGAAUUUCCAUGUGCAACGUUCCCUAAAAAAAGUUACAUUUUCCAUUGCUGGUGUCCGGCUGACGGCAUGGGUGCCUUAGAGAGUACUUGCUUUCAAAGUGAUCAUUUCUUGCCAGUAUGAGGCUAUAUCUGCCAUUCCACUGGCAGUAAUAAGGUUUUCGACAGAUUUAGUUUUCACUCGGACUGACCGUAUAAUACACUGCAUCGGUGACAGACACAUUGGCUACAAAUUACUAGAAAUUCACCGGCCCAAAUUAGGCCAGCUGGGAACUGCCAACUUGAAGAACUUCUCCAGUUUGACUAGCUUGGCCUUAUAUUUGUAAUUCAGUGGUGGGUAUUGUGACAACUCACACGGUAAAUGUAUCUAUAGGUUUAGUAUGGCUGCUGGAAGCAGGAAACUAAAUCCUUUUAAUUAGACAAAAUCCUUGUCUUAUAAAUUGUUUCUUUUCUUCCAGGUACAAGAAACAGGCCGCAUAACAAGCUACGCAAUCAUUUAUUUUUUCUACAUUUGUAUAUUUGUAAAGUCAAAAUAGAAAGAAAUAUUUUAUUGCAAAAUAAUAAAAAAUUCAAUAUCG